AUGAAAGGAUCUCUGUGUAGACAUGCUCUUGGGUUAACUAAUCUGUCUGCAGAUUCUAUCAAAUUAAUGAUGGCGUCACAUAAUUCGUCAACCACUUCAGAUGAACAAUUUCGCAAAGUUUUUAUCGGUGGCUUAUCAUACUGUACUACGGAUGAUACAUUAAGAUCAUAUUGUGAGAAAUUUGGAGAUAUUGCGGAUUGUGUUAUUAUGCGUGAUCGAGGUGGUACAUCGAGAGGAUUUGGUUUUGUCACAUUUCGAGAUCGUUCAAUGGUUGACGAUUUAAUGUCUCAGCGUCCUCAUCUAAUUGAUGGACGUCAAACAGAACCUAAAAGAGCUAUGCCAAGAGACGAAGCAUCCCGUCCAGAAGGUCAGUUAACAGUUAAAAAAAUAUUUAUUGGCGGAAUACGUGAUGAUAUGGAUGAUGAACAACUAAAAAAUCAUUUUAAUCAAUAUGGAAAUAUUGUCGAUUGUUCAAUCAUGAAAGAUAAAGAUGGAAAACUGCGUGGUUUUGCAUUUAUUACAUUCGAUGAUUUUGAUUCAGUUGAUCGAAUUAUAUUAGAUAAACCGCACUCUAUUAAUGGAAAAGAAUUGGAUGUUAGAAAGGCAAUACCACGUGAACAAACGCAACGUAAUAAUGGAACGGGAAUGAAUGAUUAUUAUUUUCGUAAUAGUCCAUUUGAUGGUCGUUAUACAAUGAAUAUGCCUCCUUCGCCUAUGCCAUAUGGUUGUUUACCAUCCUCGUAUGCUUUACAAAUGUCUGACAAACCAAUGCCAUUGAUGGCAUCAAAUAUUGAUCAACAAGGUCAUCCACCCUUUCCUUCCAUUAUUCUUCCACCUGAAAUAGCCAAUUCGGCAUUUUUUCGCCGGCAACCAACUUCAACAACGAAUCCACAAAACAAUAGAAAGAAAAGUAUUAGUGGUGACGAUCCAUCUUAUUUACCAUAUGAUUAUUUUCAAAUGAAUUCAAUGAAUUGUGGUAAUGGGGUCGGAAUAAACAAUCGAAUGAAUAAUAAUAAUCGACCAAGAUAUUUUAAUGGUUAUAGAAAUGGACUUCAGCGACCUCGGUCAAAUCGGCGUAGUAAUUCCAUUAAUGAUCCAAACUCAGAACAACAUCGAAAAUUAUUUGUUGGCGGACUAUCAUAUAAAACAACUGAUGAUUCACUAAAAACUUAUGUGGAAAAAUUUGGCCAAGUAAAUGAUUGUGUGGUAAUGAAAGAUAAAAAUAAUUUAUCGCGUGGAUUUGGCUUUGUUACUUAUACUGAUGUUUCUAUGAUCGAUGAUUUUAUGGCACAACGGCCGCAUACUCUAGAUGGACGCCAAAUAGACCCAAAACGGGCAAUGCCACGUGAAGAAGCAAUGAAUGACGAUGUUCAUUUGACUGUAAAAAAAAUAUUUAUUGGUGGUUUAAGAGACGGUAUCGCAGAAGAUACACUGAAACAAUAUUUUGAUAAGUACGGAAAAAUUUGUGAUUGUUUUAUUAUGAAAGACAAAACGGGAAAUACACGAGGAUUUGGAUUUUUGGAAUUUGAUGACUACGACUCUGUCGAUCGUGUUAUACUAGAUCGUCCACAUACAAUCGAUCAAAAACGAAUUGAUGUGAAAAAAGCGGUUCCCAGAGAACAACGUCAGUUACAACAACAACAAGCACAAGCCUUACAGUUACAAGCUGCAGCUGCUUAUCAUUAUCAUUAUGGUGCAUUCGGUGGGGGAAGAGGUGGUAAUAGUGGUGAUAUGUUACUUGGCCCCGGAAUGAGGAUGAAUGGUAUUGGACCUGAUAAUCUAAUGUAUGAUGAUAUGUAUGGACCUUUCGCUGGACCUACUGGCUCAGGAAUGUACACCAGUAAUAUGCGCAAUAUUCCAAAUUCAGGAGGAAGAUUUGACGCACGUCUAUCACGAAAUAAUCGCAAUAAUACCAAUGUGAAUGUCAAUAACAAUAAUAAUAAUUCUCGUGAAAGACGGCAGGAUCGUCAAUCCCGUGAUAGUCAGUAG